GCGCCUUCUUCCUGCGGCGGAGUGACUUCUCUUGUUCCCUCGCAGAUCUUUGGCCGAGUCAGUCGGUUAAAGUGUUCACCUGCUGGCGUUGCGUCUGUGAGAGUCGUGUUUACAUUUUUUCCUCCUCCGUUUCGUUUUCCACCUCCAGGCCGCCGUCAGCGGAGGGUAACAGGAGACUGCGGCCGUACACGAGCAUCACGGGGCGGCGUCACACACGGAGAACCGGCCAGCAGUUAACGGCGCCUGUUUGUGGAUUUGACUUUGAAUAAGCGCUGCCUGUCCGCCAGCUUUAGGUCUGAGACAUGAGCGGAAGAGUUGGAGACCUCAGUCCUAAGCAGGCUGAGGCCCUAGAACAAUUUCGGUCGAAGGUACAAGACAUUCUUCCUCAACUUCCAGUACAGCAUGACCACUUCCUGUUGCGCUGGCUCCGAGCGAGGAACUUCAAUGUGCAGAAGUCUGAGGCCAUGCUGCGAAAGCACCUGGAGUUCAGGAAACACAUGAAAGUAGACACGAUAAUCACCGACUGGCAACCACCAGAGGUGAUAGAGAAGUAUCUCUCAGGAGGAAUGUGUGGCUACGACCGCGAAGGCAGCCCCAUCUGGUACGACGUGAUUGGACCCGUGGACCCCAAAGGACUCUUCCUGUCUGCGUCCAAGCAGGACUUCAUCAAGUCCAAGAUCAGAGACUGCGAGAUGCUGCAGAAGGAAUGCAACCUGCAGUCAGAGAGGCUGGGCAGAAAUAUCGAGUCAAUCACGAUGAUCUACGAUGUUGAAGGUCUGGGACUGAAGCACUUAUGGAAACCUGCAAUAGAAACAUAUGGAGAGAUCCUCCAGAUGUUUGAAGAUAACUACCCAGAAGGCCUAAAGAGGCUGUUCGUAAUUAAGGCUCCUAAACUGUUUCCUGUGGCCUAUAACCUCGUCAAGCACUUUCUGAGUGAAAUCACCCGACAAAAGAUCUACAUCCUGGGGGGGAACUGGCAGGAGGUUUUACUGAAGCACGUCGAUGCAGAAGAGCUGCCGGCCAUUUAUGGAGGGAAGGCGACGGAUCCUGAUGGAGAUCCUCGCUGUCGGAUGAGGAUAAACCAUGUUGGACCAGUUCCUGCUUCCUACUACGUGCGGGAUCACGUCAACGUGGAGUACGAACACUGCCUGACCGUCAGUCGAGGUUCUUCCCAACAGCUGGACUUUGAGAUCUUGUUCCCGGGCUGCGUCCUCCGGUGGCAGUUCGCCUGCGAAGGCGCAGACAUCGGCUUUGGGGUGUUUCUAAAAACGAGAAAGGGAGAGUGGAAGAAAGCGUCUGAAAUGCAGGAAGUGAUUCCCAGCCAGCGGUACAACGCUCACCUGGUUCCUGAGGACGGGUCGCUGACCUGUGAGCUUCCAGGAGUCUAUGUGCUGAGGUUUGACAACACGUACAGCAUCUUCCAGGCCAAACGGGUCAGCUACACGGUGGAGGUUCUGCUGCCGGACCGGCUCCAGUCCCAGCGGGAAGCCCAGACCAACGGGACCAGCGAGAAGUCCAGUGGGGGGACCAGCGAGAAGUCCAGUGGGGGGACCAGCGAGAAGUCCAGCGACCUGCUGCAAGACGCACAGACUCAGCUCUGAAGAUAAGUUCAGAAUCGAUUAAACGAUGAAACAAGCACAGCCUGACGUACUUGAUGUAAAUAGAACCAUGCUGUCUCGCAUUUUCACUUGAAAGUCCAGUUUAAUGCUACGGCUUGGUACCAACUCUGGUUCAAAUGUUUUGUUCAACCAAAAAUUAAACAAAAAUUAGCUCAAAUUAUAGUUUUUUUUUUUUCUCUUCCUCUAUUAUUUAAAAAAACAGCAAAAAUGAAUCAUUAAGUCUAUGAGGAGUAACAUUGGGCAAUAAAUAUGCAAAGAUAAGUUUUGAUUUAAAAUCAGAAAUACAUUUUUUAAAAUCAAAUUUGAACUAAUAACAUUCCUGUUGGUUUGUGAUCAGAAAUCAGACAGAAUCCAGAAAUUGUAGAUCUCUAAAUAUUUUUCUUUAUGCAGUUCUUCAAACGUUUCAUUCCAGUUCACAGCAUGACGAUCAAACAGGAGGGAGAGUCUCCCUCUGAUCUAAACCACCCGGCCUUUAAAGCCCGGCUCCGACCAGGACUAGUUAAAGGGUGGAGACAACAUUUACAUUCCCAGAUAGAAAAACACAUUUGUGCUAAACUAUAUUCCUAGAAAAAUAUUUACAUAAUUACUACUAAAAGAGACGAGAGAACAAUUCAAACAAAAUAUUAGAUAAAGCAAAUUACUUCCUCCAAACAAAAGUAAAACAUUUACCAGAUAAAUUAGAAUAUAGGAAGUACAAAAACCAGCACCUGUUGGGAGGGGCUAAAUCUCCCACAAAAUGUUCCAGUCUGAAGGAUUAAAUGGUAAAUAAAGUUAAUUUAUUUCAUAUGUUGGCCAUACAAAGAAAAAAAUAAAAUAAAAUUACAGGAAUAAAGUCUUAAACUCACAACUUUAUUCUCAUAUUAUUAUGACUUUUAUUUUUAUUUUCUUAUGCUUUGUUUUUGUGUUUUAAUUUCAAGAAUGCUAAUAAAUGAAGUUUUUCUUUAUAAUAGAAUAUAAAAAGACUUGGUAACAUUUAUUUAGUGUUUGUUAUGUUUAUAAAAUCCUUGAUGUCAAAUUUAACUGCAUUGAUAGACAAUCAGUGAUAGAACAUUAUGCAAUAUUCAUAUAUUUGCCUAAAACUUUUGCAAAUUAGAUGUAGGGAAAUGCAAUCACUGUUAAGAGAAUUACAUUUUAUUUUCACAAGAAUUGAUCAUUUAAUAAUAAUAAGCUGAUUAAUAUUAUUUUUAGCAUGAAUUUGACAGACUGGCUGUUUGAACUAAUCUUCCGUCCCACCAGAGCAUCAAAAUGUAUCAAUAUAUUUAAAGAUAUGAUUGAAUGUCGUUAUUUCAUGUAAAUUUUACAUUUGUAUUUCUGGUUGAAAGGAUCCACAAAUAUUUUGUGUUUAAUCAUUUUUAUUGAGUUUGGAUUAUCAAUAAAUUAUUUGAUCAGAUUUACCCAUGAGAGCCGGUGAAGCUCAACUCGGUUACGGACGACAUGAUUGGUCUGCAGCUCAACGUCGUCUGUGCAUGUUAACCAAUCAAAUGUCAGCAUCUAUAAAACAAUAGCUUUGUGAUAAUUAAAUUAUUUAGCAAUUAACUGUAAAGUAACUUAUGUUAUGAUGGUAAUGAAAUAAUUAAGAUUUUUAAAUUAUUUUAAAAGUAUUUUAUGUUAUUCCUCUUAUUAAAUUUUCACUUGCAGGAAAUUAAAAAAAGUUUGUAGAAAAUUUCUGAGAUCUCAUAAUUUCAGAUUUUUUCUACCAAACUUUCGACUCUUUAAACUCAAAUUUCCUUUUUUUUUUUUUUGUUGAAAAUUUAUUGUUCCAUUUUUUUGUAUUCAAGCCAAAAACUAAAGUUUUCUAGAAUUAUUUAAAUUAAAUACAUUUAGCUAAAAUGUAUUUUAAUUAUUUGAGUAAUUAUUUAAUUACUGAUGUUAAUUCUACUUUGAAUUAUUGGUUUCAUGUUUAAUUUGUUUAAUACAUUUUUAAUAUUAAUAUAAAUAUUCUAUUUUUAUUUAAAGGUAUUAUUUUAUAUAAACUAUUAAUUAUAUAAAUAUUUAAUAAUCUUAUCUGAAUAUUCAGACACACUUUAAUCAUCUCCAUUUGAGACAUUUAAAUUUAUUUUGGAGUUUCAAACUGUUUUAAAAUAAAUACGUUUGUUCCACUGUGGUCUUAUUGGAAUUGAUUUAAAAGUUAGUAUAAAUCUGAUUUAUGGGGAUUUUCCACUGAUUAACAAAUGACUAAAUAUGUUUUCUAUGUAUAAAAUAAAUAUUAUUGAUUUCUUACCUGUAGCAAAACAAGCAUUCUAGCAUUUAUCACAAUGUGUACAAAAUUUUUUUUUGUGUGUGCAAUGGGUAAAAUAUUUAAAACAAAAACACUGCAACGAUGUUUACAUAUUGUCUGAAGUUCCUUAAAUUAAAUGUCAUGUUGUCUACAGGAUGCUGAUGUUAAAUUUCUGAUGAUUUUUAAUUCCUGGACUUCCAGUCAACGGUAACUAACCAAUUUUCACAAACCUUUCCAUAAGUAUUCAGUAUAAUCAACAGUUUGUGAGAAAAAUAAUCUUAUUUAUGCAACAUAGUAUUAUAUAUUCAUGUCUUGCCUGUUGAGGUAAAUAAGUUUUGUUUUAAAUGUUUAUGCAGUCAAAUAAUUGCUGGAUGUCGACUGAGGUCAAGAUAAAAUCCAUUUUUCUCAGCAAUACUUAAUUUAUUCCUGUCUUUGGCUUUAUGUAUGUUUAUUUUUGCAGAUUAAUUCACUGUUUGAUUUUGUAUGUGUAAUUAAAGCUGGAUUCAGAUUUUUAUA